AUGGGUCUGGAUUGGAUUCAUCGCGCCAACCUCUGGGUGGCGCAGAGCCCCGUUGGAUGGUGGUUUCGUCUGGAGAAUUCCGGUCAUCCCAAGGAACGAAAGGGAACCUUUUUCUUCACGGAAAUCCGGGCCGGUCUCGCCACUUUCUUCGCCAUGGCCUAUAUCAUCUCAGUGAAUUCAACUAUCACAUCUGAAAGUGGUGGAACGUGUGUCUGCCCGCCGGAGGACCUGAACAACCACUGCAAUACCAAUACAGAAUAUCUGCUAUGUGUGCAGGAAAUCAAGCGCGAUCUGGUCACGGCGACGGCGGCCAUCGCGGCCUUUGCUACCUUCUUCCUGGGUUUGCUGGCUAAUUUGCCUGUUGCGCUCGCUCCGGGAAUGGGCUUGAACGCAUACUUCGCCUACACGGUCGUCGGAUAUCAUGGCAGUGGCAUGAUUCCGUACAGUGUUGCGCUGACGGCGGUGUUUGUGGAGGGAUGGGUGUUCCUGGGUCUCACUCUGCUCGGUAUCCGACAGUGGCUGGCUCGGGCGUUGCCUGCGUCCAUCAAGCUCGCCACCGGUACGGGUAUCGGGUUAUAUUUGACUCUGAUCGGUCUGACAUACAGCGCCGGUAUUGGAUUGGUCACCGGCUCGACUGACACUCCCAUGGAAUUGGCUGGCUGUCACCAGUCGUCGCUCGAUGAAACGACUGGUCUGUGUCCGUCUUCGGAUAAGAUGCGCAAUCCUACCAUGUGGAUUGGUAUCUUCUGCGGUGGUGUGCUCACGGCCUUCCUGAUGCUGUACCGGGUCAAGGGCGCCGUCAUCAUCGGCAUUCUGCUCGUGUCUAUCAUCUCGUGGCCGCGUCCUACUCCCGUCACCUACUUCCCUCACACGGAGCUCGGAAACAGCAUGUUUGAUUUCUUCAAACAGGUGGUGACGUUCCAUCCGAUCAAACACACGCUGGCGGCGCAGGAGUGGGAUAUCUCCGGACAUGGUGGCCAGUUCGGACUGGCUUUUAUCACCUUCCUCUAUGUGGAUAUUCUUGACACCACGGGUACGCUGUACUCCAUGGCCCGCUUCGCGGGUACCAUCGACGAGCGCACGCAAGAUUUCGAGGGCAGCGCCAUGGCUUAUAUGGUCGACGCCAUCUCGAUUUCGAUUGGAUCCCUGUUCGGCAGUCCCCCGGUGUGUGCCUUCGUCGAGAGUGGUGCCGGUAUCUCGGAAGGCGGUAGGACCGGCCUCACUGCCUGCGUAACGGGUCUUUGCUUCUUUAUCGCAGUAUUCUUCGCCCCGAUUUUCGCGUCCAUCCCGCCGUGGGCGACCGGUUGCACGCUGGUCAUCGUCGGCGCGCUGAUGUGCAAGGCCGCGGCGGAGAUCAACUGGAAGUACUAUGGCGACGCCAUCCCCGCGUUCCUGACCAUCGCCAUCAUGCCGUUCACCUACAGUAUUGCGUACGGUCUGAUUGCCGGUAUCAUCAGCUACAUCGUGCUGAACGGAGGUGUGUGGUUGAUCGAGAAGGCGACGCUGGGCCGUUUGGUGCCCCCCAACAAGCACGACGAGAAGGACCCAUGGACGUGGAGGAUCCCUGGUGGAUUUUUCCCUCCCUGGAUCAAGCGUCUCGCGAAGGGGAAGAAGGACUUCUGGCGCGAGGACGACAGCGACGUCGACCUGGGCGUUGUGCCGGAGGGAUCGCUGUCCAGUCAUGAGAAUGGCGCAGAGAAGCAACAGGUGCAGGCGCCGGAAAAGCCGACAGCCUGA